CGGUAGUGGGGGACCGCUGGGAGUGGGGGGCGGGGACAGUGCGCCUCGGGGGAGGGGGAAGCGGCGGGUGAGGGGGGUUGGGGGAAAGGGGUUGGGCGAACUAGGGUGCCCGAUUUUUUUUUUCGGCACAUCGACGACCCUUUAAGGUGGCCAGGGCAAGGAUUGUGGAGGCUGAGAAGGGUCACAGCGCACGACCAACAUGCCGCGAGGGCAGGUGCGGGCAUUUGAGGACGCCGGGGAAGACAAAAAUCGCAAGGCGCUGAGGAAAUGUUGUGUGUACAAGUACAUCCGCAUCGGUGAGAGUCUCGGGGAGAGGUUCCACGGGAACCGCAUGUUGAAGUGCCUAUUUUGCGGCCAUGAAUUCCAGGGAAACCAGUACGUGGAGGCACAACAUUUCAGGCAAGGGAAAGGGUAUCUGUUUGUGACCGAUGUGGCACUGGUGGACAUACACUAUAACUCAGACUACAAGCUGGAGGGCAAGAUCCUUGACUGCAUGCUUCGGUUCGAGGAGCUUCACGGUUUGGCACUUGCCAUGGAUCCGCGCAGGGACGAGGGAGGUGCGGGAGGAGCUGGACAAGAGAGGGGUGACGAGGACGUGAUCGACGUCGAGGACGAGGCUGAGCGGGCAGCGCUGCCUGGCUAUGUAUCAUCCGCGGUCGUGACCGCGGCCCUUUUUACCGCAGGCGGUCGGGAUCCCGCCCGCACGGGCAACGUUGUUGCUAAUUCGAAAGGGGUGUUGCUGGACCUCGAAUUGUGUGAGGGGUUCGGAGCGGGUGCUGUGGACACCCUGUUCUACAGAGAACUCAUUCUCGUGGGUUGUUUUGUUUUGGCUCGCGAGUUUUUCGACAAGCUGGAGGACAAGAACAUCGUUCUCGACGUCCCCUGCGACGCCGUCCCCUCCCUGGAGCUCUCGUUGCCGUUCAGGCCGUGCGGCGGUUGCGAGUCAAGCGGGGCGGCGGCGGAGGGCGGUGAUCUGGGUUCUGGUCCGGCUACUCAGCUGCACCGUGGCAAGAGUCGGGGACAGUUCGAUGACAGCGAGGACAAGAGGCCUACUGCGCCAUUGAGCGACAGGCGGCGGUCUGUGUUGUCUAUUCCAGGGGUCGACAUUGGCGAUCCAAUUCACCGGGAGAGUGCGGAACCUACAGGAAAGGUGGCAGCCUCUUCGGAGGUCGACUUGGAGGCGAGUGAGGGCCAGAGUGUGGAUGAGGUGACCGUGGGCGGCCUGGGCAUGCAAGGCACUCCGCAAAAGAGGAGGGGGGAUCGCACAGACGAGUUCAUUGGUUCUGCGAAGAAGCUGAAGAGCAAGGCCCCCAGGACUGCGGGAGAGAAACGAAAGGGAGCCGAGGGGGAGGAAGGCCGGCAGGUUGCCAAACAGCCGGCUUCGAGACAGAAGCAGCCUGCGUCUGGAACGUCUUCUCCACCGACGGAAAGGCCUCCAAUCGACGUCGACACCGGGUACUUCCUCGAGUACAAAGACGCCGUUCGGACAAAGAGGGAGUUCGAGAUUAACCUUGCGCAGGUCGUCGACCUCGGAGAGUGGGAGGACCUGUACAACCAGCGGUUCCUGGAUCCCGUGCUCGUGGAAGGGAUCAAAGAAGCGAUGCAGUUGGCAUUCGAAAACAAAGCGCAGUCUUACGAUUUGCCUACCCUGAAGCUGGUACCGCUGGGGCUUGAUAAACCGACUCCGGGGACCAAGGCAGAACGUCUGAGGCCGGAGGAAUGGAGGGAUGAGCUGGCGGGGCAAUACUACUACUACGCGGUGUAUCAGAAGGGCGACGACGCCAUCAGGAAGAAAGGCGCUGCCCUGCGUUCCUAUUUCCCGCUGGCGAUGGCAGGGGAGAACGUAUGGAAACUGGCCGUCGACUUUUUCGAUAAAUGGGAGACCGGUAGAUUGCUCGGCCACGAUGGCGCAAAGUGGAUCAUGCGGAAGAAGAAGGUCAAAAAUGUGAAGCCCGGGGUUGCCUAUGUCGAGAACGACAAAUCGGGCAGGAAAGAGGUCGUGUACAACGUCCCUGUGGACCCGCCGACAAAGAAAGGCAAAAAGGAGAAAGAGGAGGGCGAUUGGUUCGUCCAAGUGCCUGAGCCAGGCGCACAUUGUUCGAAAGCGAUGAAGUCGCUGACCGACAACGAGAAGUGCCGCGUCCUGAAGAAGGUUCUCGCUUGCGAGGUGGUUUGGGUCCAGGCCGGCUCCGCGGCGUUGGCGAAGCUCGGGAAGCUCAGCGUCCAGGACAUGGUUCAUUUGCUGAAGUGCGAACGGGUGCUGGUGCGUCUAUGGAACUACUACCUGUUCAAGCACGAGAAGAGGGCGAACGCGGAUUGGAGCCAAAGGAAAUACGUGGCUGACUCCUCGUUGUUCAAGGACUACCCGCCUUACAUGGGCUGCGACGACGACCAAUCCAUCGAGGCGACGGAGAAGUUGGCCGGUCACAAGAAGCUGUCCGUCGACUGGAGGAAUAAGGUCCUGUCCGUUUUGACUGGCAGUAGACUGAAGAGUCAAGAGAUCGCGCUUGCCGAAGGAAUUGUGCACAUAAAAUGGAAAGACACGGGCGACGUUACAUCCAUCGCGCCAUUCGGCAACGACCCCUUGGAGGCAGACAUAAGGUGUGCGGAGGUGAAGGAGGCGGUGGUUGCCACAAAGAGUCACACGUUCGUUCUCGAUCUCUGCGAACCGGUGGACCUGAAGAUGUGGAAACGGCAAGCGUUCGACACUCUGGAUUCCCAACUUCAGAUGUGGUGGAAGUGGGUGAGGAAGAGUCAACAAAAGAAAAGUUUCCCCAUCGGGAAUAAUUUGUACACGGAAGACGACCGGAUGUACAUACUCUUCAAAGGCGAUGAUUUGCGCGCUAACACGUCCAUCGUCUACGAGGGGAAACUGCCGCCUGCCACCGCUGCUGCAGUGCGGCUGCCACAGAAGGUUACGCAAACGGAUGUGUCCGACAUCCCGUUCAACCCUUGCGAUUGGUCGCAUGUCUCGCCUACGCGUCGGGGCAGUGUGUACGGGGACAUGGAAUGCAACCCCGCGAAAUUCGUUAAUCUUCUCGAGUCCGUCACCAAGAAGGGGGAGGGUGUAUGCUUCCUCGGGAAGCCACACACGCGAUCCGUGUGGGAACUGCUGAAGGCAGGACGGCACGUCAUUGCAAUGGAAGGGAACUUCGAGCUCUUGCAAUUUACAAUUGAUCUCGUCAAAAGCGAGGUCAAUUCCGGUGCCCAUAUUUGCGAGUUCAUGGUCGUCAACGAGUCUCGCCCUCGCGCGUGGAACAACAAGACGGACAUGUGGUUCAAGUUGAGUGCGAGGAAGCGGAACAAGAUAUACGACUUCUUGUUCCUGCAAACGCGGCCCAAGAGAGACACUGACGCCGAGUACGUGCGCCGCAAGGAUCACAUGUUCACGCUGCUCGACAACUACCACGACGCCUCCCGCAUGAACGCAAAGACCUUCCUCGAGAGGUUGCAGUCCCUGUACUUCGUGGAGUCAGAGGAGGAGUUGUCGUUCCGCAGUUACUCCUCCUUGAUCUCCACGGAAGACGAGGAGACCACCGGCAUCGAGUUCGACGCGACCGCGAACAAGGAGGGCAGCGACACUGAAAGCCUCGACCUACAGUACGACCCGCAUCCCGGGCAGCACACAACAGGGUCGUCCUUCGCAGGUUCGUCAACAAGCCCGACAUCCUUCGUCUCACCGAUGGCGAAAGCGGCGCCUGGCACUACCCUGAUGAAGUUGCUGCAGAGAAUGCAAGCUCUGGCCUCCAGCCAUCGCUCACUGCGUCCCGGGUCUGACAUUCCGGCCGAUCAACUGUCUUGGAAGGAUGCCAACAUUCACUUCCUGCCUGAGCCUCAAAGUCGUUCCACGGAGGCGGACUGGGGCCAUGACAUGAUUUGGCAUGCAGGAGUCAUCCAGCCGGCGAUCCAAAAGGGUGAGUGGAUCGUGGCCGUCGCUGUCCCGGACGGAGGAUGGGUGCCCCUCCCUCGUGGGUCCAAGUCUGACUUCCUUGACGUCGCUAGAAUUGCGGUCCUCCAGAAAGUGAGGGCCGAGAAUGACUCUUUCGCACCCGAAGACGUGUCCGUCAUUUCCACAGUCGGGCGAUUGUUCGCCGAACUUCAGGACAAGUGCUGGUUGGAGCUGACGGAGGACUACUACGACCUCGAUACGAGCCCCUCGAAGGGAAGGGUGGACUGGAAAAUCCCCCCUCCCAGUGGGAACCAUGUAAGUACAGGGUCCCGGGGACCGGACGGUGGGGAGAACGAGGGCGACGAGGCUGGUGGCGGCAAAGGAGUCCCGCCUGGUUCGGAGGGCGGGUCUCAGGGCGACACCACGACAGUGGAAGGCAGCGGCGGGGUGGUAGGGGAGGCCUUCGGGCGUCAGCAGUCUACCGGUCCCGGUCCGGCAAGCUCGGCACAGUCAGCGGAAGUGCCCACUUCAUCCGCCAGCUCGGUGAUGGCGGCCUUGGUUGCUCUCCGUGCCGGCUCGGGCGAAACGUUCAAGUCCGCCGGGAUCCGAACUUCAAUGCUUGCAGAGCGGAUGAAGAGGACGAACGCGCAGAGCUUGUCAGGAGCGGGGGUGGCGAGUCGUGAUCCCAAAAUGGACAGCGGUGCGGUGAGGGACGGGACUGCGCCGCCUGCGGGGGACCGCCAACUUCUUCGGUCGGAGCGAGAGGGUACGUGUGGAGGGCCCGGCGACAGAGAGACGACGAAGUUCGCCGGGAUCCGAACUUCUUCUGGCAAGGGGGGCCAACCAAGGAUUAUCGUGCCGGCGGGAGGGGUUGCGUGCGGCGAGCGGGAAGGGCAUUCGUCGGAAUUCGACACGGGUUUGGGCGAAGUGGCUGGAUUGCAUGCACGGGAAGAAGGCAGGGUGAUGGACAAAGAGAAGGAAGGGGAGGAAGGUGACACAAGGGAGGAAUUGGAGGAAGGAGGGGAUGAAGGGGAGGAAGAAGAGGAUAAAGGGAAGGAAGGAGAGGAAGGGGAAGAAACGGAGUUGGCUGGGUUGCUAGGAGGGAAUGACGGGGAAAAAGGCGAACUCGAUACUGGAGACGACGAACGGACGUUCGGCGACGACGAUGACAGAUUUGGGGAGUCGUGUGACGGAUUCGGGCAGCUGUACGGAGAACAUUGCGAGGAAGACGACGACGACGAUGACACGACACUGGGUAUGGAGACACAGGUGGUCACAAGCCUUUCGGCAGAACGUGAUGACUAUGAGGUCGAAGCAAUGACGUCUGCCGUCGAUCUCCAACAACGGUUCAACGACGCUAGUGUUGCAGUCAGCCUGAAUAAACCGAGUGUGCGUUUUGACAUCAAAGAAGUUAUCGACCACCACAUAUCCGCGCAGCCGUCCUCUAUGCCUGGUGUCGACGACCCUCUCGACGUCAAACCUUCCGGGGGAUCUGUCGUGGCUUUGUCGCCGACGAACUCUCCGAUGCUGCCGCCGACCAUCGCCAGCGGAGGAGAAGGCGAGAUCGGGGGGCGACAAGACGUCACAUCCUCGAAAAACACUGUCGCUGGCACUCGAGCUCUCGACGUGCUGGCCUUGCCCCCCGCCAACUUCGCCGAUUAAGGAGCGGAGAGACAAACCAGCUGGUAAGCAGUGACAAACACCACUCUGUCUGUGCACCAGUGACCGCAGUGUCUGUCAAUGCAGGGAGUUCCUGAUGCCGGCAUGCUACAACCAC